AUGUAUUUGGUCAAGAAAGAUACUGCCUUCUAUGCGAGCUUGAAAACUCUAAGAUUCUUCUUUGUUUAUCCAGAAUUGAAGGAGAACUCGACGUUCAACGUGGCGCCUUACAUGAGUUUCAUUCUAAGCUCGCUGGUUUUUGUUAUUUUUAUAUUUGGGUCUUCUAUCCAUGUUGUGAUGUCCAUCAGAGCCAACAUUGGGGGUGACAUCAGUGAAGAUCUCUCAGUGAUACUAGGCGGGCUUGGCAUGAUGACUAACGUAGGCAUGUUCCAGCACUACCAAGGCAGAUGGUCCAAGUUUUUCACUGACGUUACGAAUUUCGAGGCAUUCGGCAAGCCCACAGACUUCGACAGAACCCGCGAGCGAGGAAACCUUUUCGCAACAGGAUAG